UGGCCACUCCUCAAGAUGAGGUUCCUAUCGCUGACAUCGAUAUGCGGCAUCGCUUUUCUGUGCUAUAUUUUGCAUUCCACGUACACAUUGGUUUCGUUGUUUCGGGCCCCACAGUGCACACCGGGCACCGGAACACCCUGCUAUCGGUCGCAGCUGACCAAGGGCAAGUUUUUGCAGCUUUCGCUGUACACAUCGCCAUCGGCAAAUCCUCCAAACGGUGCCAAGGUAGCUAAACUUGGCACCGUUAACCCCUUCGAUCCUUUCGUAGAACUCGAGCGAUCAUACACUUUUGCGCUGCCGAAGGAAACGCGUUCCAACGGGACACUGUAUAUGUUUGCCGUCUUGACGAAAGGGGCAAAGUCGCUUGAAUGGGACGCGGUUCGAAGUCAGAGCACCUCGGUGAUCAAGAAAUUUGGCCUCACGCACUACAUGGUACCGAGGACGGCGACAAUCAAUCUGCUGAACGAUAAGGUCGGUAGUAAAAAACCGAACAGGCUCGUGAACCAGAAGCGCAUCGCUCACAUUCGGCAGAAUGUGUUUCUGCACAUCAUCACGGAGGAUUUCUCCGUUUCGGCGCGAGACAUGCCGGCCGAGUUGGCACGCGAUAUCCGGAUCACACCGGACAACCUGGUGAUGCCGAUCAUACGGAGCGAUUUCUCGAAGGAAAAGCUGGCCGACCUGGUGGAGAUUGAUCCGGCGACGAAGGAGGCAACCAUCACGAUCCACUACGCACCGUGCUCGGCCGGAAAGAUUAAAAUGUUGGCACAAAUCGAGCGCGCCAUGUCGGACCUGACAGCGCUGGGUUUCAGCGAAAAAGACAUAGAUGAGGUAAAGUCCAUCUUUUCCGACACCAACGUGUAUCUGCUUUGCGGCACGAUCGUCAUUAGCAGUGUGCAUCUGCUGAUUGAUUUCCUGUCGUUUAAAAACGAUAUUCUGUUCUGGAAGCGUAAACGCCACUAUGCGGGGCUUUCGCUUCGGAGCACGCUCUGGCGUACGUUUAGCCACGUGAUCAUUUUCCUGUACCUGUUGGACGAAGAAACGUCGCUCCUAAUCCUGAUACCGACCGGCAUCGGCACCCUGAUUGAGAUGUGGAAGGCCAAGAAGAUCCUAAAGCUUGAAAUUAGCUUCCGAGGUGGCAUUCGCGUUCGAUCGGGACACGAUGGCAACGAUGUGCCGAACUCGAUCAAAACGGAAGAACGCAACACUCUCGCGUUGGACAAGGAAGCGAUGCAGUACCUGAGCUACGUGCUGUAUCCGCUGUGCAUUGCGGGAGCCAUUUAUUCGCUUCUGUAUCUUCCUCAUAAGAGUUGGUACUCGUGGACCAUCAGUUCCAUGGCGAACGGCGUUUACGCGUUUGGAUUCCUAUUUAUGCUGCCGCAGCUCUUUAUCAACUACAAACUGAAGUCGGUCGCUGCACUACCGUGGCGUGUUUUCAUGUACAAAGCGUUCAACACAUUCAUCGACGAUGUGUUCGCGUUUAUCAUUCCAAUGCCAACGGCCCACCGGUUCGCCUGCUUCCGGGACGAUAUCGUCUUUCUGGUCUAUCUCUACCAGCGCUGGUUGUAUCCGGUGGAUAAGACGCGCAUCGAUGAAGACGAACGAGUGCCUCUGCUGGACAAAGAUCAAGACGCGGCCAGCAAAGAGAAGCAAAAGAGCGACAAGAUUGGGGACAGUGAUAGCAAAAAAGAUAAUUAAACCUACGACUGUAGCAUUUAUCACGUUCCACACUUUCUGCAAUACUACGCGUUAGGGACUCUAAGAAUAUGAUCCGUUGUGAUGCACGGGAUAGGACAGUUAAAGUUCCAUUAACCGCAUACCCACAAAUGGUAAUCAUCAGUUUUGUUGAUGUAUUGAGCGAAUGUUCGUGAUUUCGUGAUCGUAGUUUAAAGCAGUUCGAGCCAAGCCUGAUAAUGAUCAUUCUUUUCUAAAUUCCAUAAAUUUCAUAGUGUACACACCUUUUUUACCAAUGAUUAUAUUCCAUUCUGUGAGCUGUGACCAGUUCUUUCUAAGCUAUUAUACACCGAUGGCAUUGUUUGUACACUACCGUCGAUGAAAGAAAAACUGUACAAGACAAUAAUCGAUAGAAUCUUUUAGGUCUUCCGAUUUUUUUGGUAAUGCAAAGUCCUUUUGGCAGUAUUUUGUUAAUAAUACAUUCCAUCCUUAUUCGUUGUCCCUGAAAAAUGAGAAAUGUCUCACUAAUGAGUUGUUUAAUAUGCUUCAGUUACAGAACCGUCCAAAAGCUAUAUUUCUUCCUCAAUAAAUACUGCUAUGCACAAUUUAGA